AUGGUCCCACACUCAGGAACUGCCCCCUGGCUUGCAGAUAAUGCUGCGUCCCCCCUGUGCGGGCCCUGGCGCUGCACUCCUGGCUGCACCGACUGCAUCAAGGCUGCCCAGGAGCUGCAGGAGCUGGUGCUGUCAGCAUGGGCUAGGAGAGGACCUGCAGCCGCUCUGGAUGCUGGCACAUGGCAAGCGCUAUGGCAGGACCUGGAGGAGCUGGUGGAGCAGGACCAGCUGAGCUGCUGUGGCUCUCCCAAUUACCCCGAGAGCGUCAGUCCCCCCGAGAGCCUGACAGCAACACUCCUGACUCGAGAUGGAGGAGCCCCUGUGGAGGUGAGGUCUGUCUGCUUCCUCGAACCCAUGUGUGCUGGCAGAGUCUCUUCAGCCCUGAAGAUGCACGUAGCUGGGAAAGCUCUGGAGAUACGGCUGGGGGCCCUGCCCAUGCCAGUGCAGCAGUCCCAGGAGCAAGCAGCACAGCAGCAGGGCUGCCGCCGUGUCCUGCCAAAGCUCAUCCUGCCAGGACAAAGCCAGCCCUUGCUGCGGCACGAGCUGUGCCCCUCGAUGCAGGCCAAGGCAAACGCUAUUGUGGAUACCAUCAAGGAGAAGGAAGUGCGGAGGCUGUGGGGAGACCCCAACCCCACUGAGGAGUCCCUGGCACUACUGAUGCUGUGCCCUCCACCGCUGCUCGGUCCCCUAGACCCAAAGCUGCCAAAGGAGAAUAGAGUGGGGGAGCCCAGGGCCCUAGGCAAUGCCAGCGCAGUGGGACAGCACAAAGCAGGACAGCAGGAGCCACAGAGCACACACAGCUCUGAGGAGAAACCAGCCAUCCAAGCACCAGAGGAGGAUGCACUGAGGAAGAGCCUCCUUCACCUGGGCAGGGGUUUGCCACCAUGGGACAAGGAGUGCCUGUGGCCUUUUGGUUUAGCUUCCCCUACCCUUCCCAGCCUGGAUAAUGGGGCAGCAGGACCAGAAGCAGGACCAGCUUCCAUCCUACUGAAGAAAGAUGUUGGCUGUCAGAUUAAUGUCCCCACACGAGGCAGAGUCCAAGCCCACACUGAGGACAGGAGCUGGUCCUGUGCUACAGCACCUAUCAGCAUCGCAAGGCUGGAGCUGAGCCAGAAGGUCCACAGCAAACUCUGGACACAUACAGCAAGAAAAUGCCUGGAGAUAAAACUCCAGAUGUUCCCCAUGGCAGUACAGAGGUCCACGAGCAUGUUGCAUCGCUCACUGGCCAAACUGAGGCAGGCUGGGGCUAGGCACCUUUGGCCACUCAAGGACCCUGCCCCUCUGCCAAAAGCGAAGCAGCUCAUCCAGAAGGAAUGGGUCAUGCAGCAGCAAGUUCAGGCAUCCCUCGCCUGCGCUAUGGUCCCCAUGACACCAUGCUCCUGCCUGGACUGCGUCCCCUCCUACAGCCCUAUUCCUGGGGAUGAAAGCAGCCAGGCAUCCCUGGAGGCCAGGACACUGCCCAGCACAUUCUGCAGCUCUGGGAAUGAGAUGGGCACAGCCACCAAGGAUGCACCAAGGACACUCUGCAGGAUGGUGAAGGACUCGGCAGGGCAAGCAUCCAUCCUUGUGUCCCCAAGCCUUAUCCCAGCAUUCCCUGCUAUGGACACCAAGCCAGAGCCAGGACAAGGAGCGCACGCGUGGUCAACCCAUGAAGGCUUCAUGGCACCAUCCCCAGGAGCCCCACAGAGCCAUUGUGGCUGCUGCAAGGAACAAGCCAGACCUGCUGAUAGCAGCUUCCCAAGCGGGAUAGCCCCUCUGGAGAACACCACAAGCAGCACCAGCAGGGAAGGGAGCACACCAUCCAAGCCCCGGGGUAAUGAAGCAAGCCAGGACAGGCAGAAGUGGUGGUCCUCGAGGAGGCAGAGCCCUGGCAGCUCCGAGAGCUCCCUAGGCUGUGGGACAUGGUCCCAGGGCACCUCCAGGAGCACAGACAGGCAAAGCAGAUGGACUCCCGAUGGUCUCUCACAGGGAAGCCCACCUGAGAUGGCUCCAACCUCAAACCCCUGUGGCCCAGAAGGCAUCCCCAGCCAGCACAGCCCAGCCCAGGAUGCCCAGGACACUGCAGCAGCAUCGACUGGCAACACCCUUCGUGUGGUGCUGGAGAAGAUUCGCCAGCGGCGAAGGAAGGUGUCCUCAUCCCCGGAGAGCUCUCCCACUGAAUACAGCUGCCAUGGUGCGGAGAGGCAGGGCCAGGCUUCCCACGGCUCCUGCUCUCCAUGAGCCCUCUGUUCUUGUAAACAAACAUGUUUGUGGUUCUCCAAAGGGCCAUGCAAGUGGACUAAACCCUGCUAGAGGGGCAGCAGGGUCUGUUGGGGAUGGGAAAGGGAAGGUGGGCUCAGGGGCACUGGGGAAGCUGUGCUGUCCCAGCAGGGGGACCUGGCCGAGAGGAGAAGCCUGUGCAAAGUGGUUGCUGCUCCUAGAGAUCCUCCUCAGCCCUGC